AUGUCGCGCUCCACCGAUACCUUGAGCGUGAUACAAUACAACGUCCUCGCGGACGCGCUCUCCGGCCCGGACGCGGGGUUCACGUCGAUGCCGCCGUGCGAUCUCGCGUUCGGCGCGCGACGCGCGAAGCUCCUCGGAAAGAUAAUCGCCGAAGACGCGGACGUCGUGUGCCUUCAGGAGGUCGAUCACUACCACGACGCGUUCAAGCCCGCGAUGGACGCCGCGGGGUACGACGGAAUCUACCGCGAGGACGAGUGGAGCCCGUGCAGGAAGCUGUCGGGGGGGAUGCUCCGGGACGGGGUCGCGAUUUUUUACAAGCGCGAGAAGCUUCAGCUCUGCGGCAUGGACCUCCCGGGCGUGCCUCGGAGGAGUAAAGACGUCGACGACGACAAAUCUUUAUUAGGUAAGUGUAUCGACGCUGGGAAGUGCAUCGUCGCGCGCUUCCGCGUGUUACCACCGCGCGAGGAGACGCACGGGCCGCGGUGGGAAGAGUAUCAGAACUCGACUUUAGAGGUUGUCGUCGCAACUGUGCACCUGGACUCGAAGAAGGACGAAGAAGGCGCGAAGAAAAGGCGAAAUCAAGCGUUCCAUAUGAUGCAAGCGGUAGAAAAGAUGAGAAGUAACAGCCCUACUAAUUUUUUUUUACCGGUGAUCGUCGCGGGUGACUUCAACGCCGUCCCAUCUGAACCGGCAGUGGAUAGGGUCAGGAACGGUGUAGCGGGGGGGUUACGCAGCGCCUACGAAGAAAUAAACGGCAUUCACCCGGCGUUCACGACGUGGAAGAUUCGCUCGGGGAAUUACAAAAAAGGCGAGGCGAAGAUGUGCAUCGAUUACAUAUUCGUGCCUAGAGAGUGCGGAAUAUUGAGCGUGGGCGCGCUACCAGAUGAAAAUGACAUCGGGCCGAAAGGACUGCCGUGCGAGAAGCAUCCGUCCGACCACCUGAUGCUUCGCGCGGAUUUAAAAAUACAGUAG